AUGUGCUCCAUUCGUGUUGCCCCGAGCUCGCGGCAGGAGCUACAUGCAUGUACCGGUACCGGCGCCUACUUUGUCGCUAUUGUCCUUCACGGCAGCGCCAUGCACGCGCUGUGCAUGUGCACCGACAAGUACAUGUACAAAAGCUGCCACUGCCACGGGUCCGCUCCCAAACCUUCCGCCGACUGGUUGGGAAGUCGCACUCGACUACCGAACCGACACCGACUACUUCUCGUCCUCGACCCCAUUCCAUUUCGCCCCAUCGACAUCACGACACGACACGAAACGACACGACACGACGCAACGCCCACGACGCCCUUCCACUCCUUCGCCGCCAUCGACACGGCAAAACACCGCCCUCAUGUCCUCGUUAUAGAAGCGAGCCACUCGUCGCCCUCUCGCUCUCCUCGACCUCGCCCCCCCUGCCUCGCCACCUCCCGACACUCUCCUGCGAACCGCACCUUCACGCCUGCCGACGCCGACACCCGUGCUCGAAGCAAGGACGCAUCGGGCUCCAGCAAGGUCCCUUGCGCACUUGUAGGCGCCGGAUCCCGGCCGUCUCCAAGGGACCGAGUCUCGUGCACGAGCGAGCCGGAAGCCAGCCGGCGCGGAGCGAGGGGUAGGCAGGCCGUCCGCGCAGCCAUGACCGGCGCGCCCGCCUCCCGAUUGAUGACGGCCAUGUUCAACGACAUGACCCGCUCCGAAGCGUCCGACGUCCCGCCCAAUGCCGACACGAUUUAUGCCGACGUGAAGAAUCCCAACUCGAUGCACGUCGACGUCGACGUCGUCCGUGCCAACCCCAGAGACUCCGCGGCACAGGCCGAUGCCUUCGCCCCUGCCCCGUCGAACCAGCAAGCUCCGUUGCAGUUUCGGACGACCACCAUCGCACCCUCGCCACCACCACCGACCGACUUGGAACCGACCAGCCACCACCGCCGUGCUUCGCGGAACGGCUGCGGCCCCGGAACACCCCUGCGCAUCUCCACCGACCUUCCCGGGCCCGUGAACAUCACACCCUCCCCCAGCGCCCACUGCGACGGCCCGAACCUCUCGCCGUCGCGUGCCCUGCGGAGCAAGUCCUCGAGCGGUAGCCUGCGGGCCGAGUGUGGAGCGUCGAGCCUGAAAUCGGCCUUGUCCAACAGCCUCGGUUCUGCAGGCGGAACGCAGAGCGUCAUCCCGAGCCCCGUCAUCGCCGCCAUGGGCAAAAUGACACCGCUGCCGAGCCCGCUGCUGUCGAGCCACUCCCCCGGGCCGUGGAAGAUGUUGAAUUUUGCGCCGACGUCGCCUCCGGGCACCCGCACGCGGCUGCGGAACGUGGGCGAACCGUCGGUGCUGAUCACGACGAGCGGCGAGCUGAUCGAGCAGGCUGCCGUCAGCGCGUCCAAGCGCAGGAUGUACGCCAACUUGGAUUCCGCCCACGGCACCGAGGCCGGCAAAUGCCAUCAUCCGCAGCCCCCGAGCCACGGCAAGAACCGCAGCGUUAGCGAGUACGUUCCGGACCACAUCGUUCCCCCCCAGCGGCCCGUCGCCGUCUCUGGAUCGCAUGCCGACGUCGGCACAUCCGACGGCGACGACCUCGGCAUGAGGAGGGAGCCCAACUUUGCAGCCUCGCGCGGCCUCACAGCCGCCGUCGCCCAGCCGCCGACGCCGCCCGGCAGUGAUUCGUCCAAGGAUUUGACGGACGGGAGCAAGCCCAAGGACGGCGGAUUCGAAAUCUUCGAGGCGCGCACACGGGACGACGGGAAGCUGCGCCGCUGGAGAGCCCUCCGCCUGCUCGGCCAGGGCACCUUCAGCAGGGUCAUGCUCGCGACGAGUCAGGUGACGCCGACGCAGGAGCCCGAGCCGACGUCCCCCUCCGAGGACGGCAAGGUUGACAGCAGGAAGCUCGUCGCCGUCAAGGUGUGCGAGCACGGUCCGCGGGGCGGCGCUUCGGAGGAGCGCGUCGAGAUGAGCUUGAAGAGGGAGCUGGAGAUUAUGCUGAGCAUUCGGCACCCGUCGCUCGUCAACCUCAAGGCCUGGAGCAUAGAGCCGACGAGAGCGAUCCUCGUCUUGAGCUACUGUCCUGGAGGAGAUCUCUUCGACAUGGCCACCUCGCAUCGCGACAUUCUGACGCCCCAGCUGAUGAGGCGCAUGUUUGCCGAACUCGUCGGCGCCGUCUGCUAUCUGCACGAGAGGCACAUUGUUCAUCGAGAUAUCAAGCUCGAAAACGUCCUCGUCAACCUCACGGCCGCAGAGCUCGCCGACCCUACGGUGGACUGGACGACGUUUCCGCACUCCAUCGUCACGCUCGCCGACCUUGGCCUCUCGCGCCGCAUCGCCCACGAUGAAAAGCUCGAGACGCGCUGCGGCUCCGACGACUACGCCGCGCCCGAGGUCAUCAUGGGCCAACCCUACGACGGCCGAGCGACGGAUGCCUGGUCCCUGGGCGUUCUCCUCUACGCCCUCCUGGAGUCUCGGCUGCCCUUUGACCCGCACCCGGGCAUGAGCGACCAUCACCGGAUGCGCAGUCGCACGAGCCACCGGAUUGCCAGGGUCGAGUGGCGCUGGGUCGACUACGGCGGAGACGACGGCGACCACGAGGGGAGCGUGGCCAAGUUCGAGGAGCAGAACCUCGUCGGCGCCAUGGACAUUACCGAAGGCCUCCUGAAGCGGGCUCGAAGCCGGUGGAGCGUGGAGAAGGUCGCUUCCGAACCGUGGGUUCGCGAUGCCAUCAACAUCGACGGCGGACACCAGUUUAAGGAGGAGGAGGACGGCGAGGAGGUGGUAUGA